GUGAGAGGAGCCUCCCUGAAUGGAUUGACAUAAGAGGGAUUUACAUUUUAACGGGUGUCGUGCUCCGCAAAGACUACACGGUGCACGUUUAAAAAACCAACUCGAUGUGUGUUCACGUCGGUGCUCGUAUCAUGUCCAAGUGUCACCGUCGCGAGAGGAUUGAACUUGCCAGCAGUCUAUAUUUGCCGAGGAGGCAAUACAAGGUCUCGCUGUCUCGCUGGAGCGGAGUAUUAUUAGCAGUUUAGACAGUGCAACUGUCUCUCUCUGGUCAUGCACUGCAAUUACACAACAGUCAAACCAUCCUAAUUUCCAGUCCAAGAAAUAAAACACUAAAGAGGGAGAAUUUUUAGAGACAAAAAGUUGCUAAGCAAAAGAUAAUUAUUCACCUGGCUCCCAUGCUGGCUGCCAUAAAUCCGCUCCUCCACACCCUCAGCCAUGCCUGCUACUACAAAACCCACCAGGAGACAGACACCUGCUCAGAGAAAAAAUGCCCAGAAAGUGAAUGGCACCAAGAGGAAAACCUGUAACUCAAAUAAACCCCAAGGAAGAGCCACAGAGAGGCCCCAGAAAACACCUGCAGAACCAAAAAGGUCAACAGCCAGAGCCCAGGCACAGUCAGGCCGAAGCCCCCGUGGAAGAGGGGUAAGUGGACCUGCUGAACAGGGCCCCGGGAGGUCCUCUGGUACAGUUAACCAUGCCCUAAAUGUAACAGGAUCUGCAAGGCUUAGACGGCCGAGCAAUCUGCCUGCCCACUGUGGCGAGUUACAAGGCCCCCUAGGGCGAAGAACGUCCCUGCGGGGCACGCGUGUGUCUGUUACCCCCUGCCAGUCUCCUAAACUUUGCAGACAAGGGAGAAACAGCAGGGGGAGCGCAGGGAGACGAACAGCAUCACAGCACAGAAACACAAGAAACCAUCCCUCCAGCAGCAGUAUCAACGAUUCGACUCCUGACGAGGAAAAUGACAAACUGGACUCCUGUGAUGUUGAAGAAAUCCUUCCGGUGUCUCUUAGAACCGAUUUUAAAGUUCCUGCGAGUAUCAAAGAUCAGAAUGAAGGAAUUAGCAAUGCUAAAGAGGGCAGCCCCCUUAAAGCAGAUUCACCACCGUGUAACAACACACUGGAAGACUGUGUGCAGUUUAACUGUGACAGUACUAUAACCCAGCAAGACAAAAAGACUGUCAGCCACAACAGUGAAGGUAUCCUGAAGUGUGUGACUGGGGUCCCUGUGUGUGAUGAUGUUGAUGGACAGCUAAAACUCUGCAGUGACAGAAGUAAAGACAGCCCCUCUGAGCCCUCUGCACUAACGAGUAUUGGCUCACCAGGGGUGCAGGGUAGCAGCGAGGGGAAUGACACUUCAUCUAUCCGUGGAAAUAAGCUUGAUCAUCCCGGCAGUGAUGUUAAGCUAAAUGAUGUGUGCACUUUCCGUCAAGAGGAAGGUAACAUGUUGGACUUGAAAGAGAAUAGGACAGAUGAAAGAGUGAUAGUUGCCACUGAGAGAAAAGAGGAGAUCAAUCAUGAGAGAAGAGAGAGUUUAGAGGCAGAGAAAGCAGUUGAGAGACAAAAUGAGACUGUGGAAGAUAUGGAGGAGGUUGCUGAGAGGCUGGGUUACUGUGAGGGAGUAGAGCAAGGGAAAAAAGAAAAGGAGAGUGAUGUAUGCAUCAGUCCUACUGACCUCCACCCCAGCACUCCAGCUUCUCAACCUCCAGAUCCUCCUCACUCUAACAAUGUGCUGACAGCACAGUCACAAUCACCUGUAAGUGUGCUACCAGUCUCCAACACAGCUACCUCAAAUCCCACCAAAGCCCCCUCCACCUCAGAGUCACUUGAACUAGAGGUUCUGAGUCAGGGUAAGACAGACAUGCAACCUACCAUUCACGGUGCUAAACCUCACUUUCCAGGGUUCUCAGCAGUCUCUGAAACUGCCCUGACUGUUGUAGUGAAAAGAAACACGCCAGUCAUUAUCCAUAGUGACUCCCUCAAACCUAGAAGCUUGAGCGAUUCGAGCCAGGGGGAACCACACCACCUGCAAAGCCUGGACAUCCCUUCUCCUCAGGGAGAAAGACAAGCAUGCACACCAGCAGAGACGCAGACCAAAGAUAGUGAAUCCAAUCCAGAGCCAUUGGAGUUCCACAGCCAGAAAGAGACAUCCUUGCUGUCAUUGUCACUAGUUCCUCAGUCAAGCACAGAUGAUUUUACAGCCGAGUGUGAACCAAACCUCAGCCAGGACAGCGUUGUGGUAGCAGUGACAGAUUCAGUGCCAAAGAUCUCGACUCCUUCUCUGGAUAGUAGCUCCACCAUGUCCUGCAGCUCAGAAAGCACUCGCUCCUCUUUUUCUUUUGACACUGAAUCAGAGGCAGGCUAUGGAGAGCCCAGCCCUUCUAUUCUACAAAGAUCCUUGGGGCCAGAGGGGGCCUGCUUGCCCUCCAAGGCAGCUCCAAAACCGCAGAAGAAAGAGAGGAAGAAGCGGAGCAGGUGUGCGACAUGCGAGCCGUGCCUGAGGAAGGUCAACUGUGGCCAGUGCAGCUGCUGCCUAAACCGCAGGACUGGCCACCAAAUCUGUAAGCUGAGGAAGUGUGUCGAACUGAAGAGGAGAAGACCUUCAUCUCUGCUCAAACUCUCUGCUGCACAGGUGGUUCCAGAAAGUGGGUCGGUAAAUGGCAAAGGCAAGGCACAGAUGGAUGACACCCACAUGGCAGCAGAGGAGGAUGAGGGGGAGGAAGGCCACAUACCUCAUACACAAUCUCCCCCCAUCAACCACUCGCUCACCCACAACCUGGCCUUGGACCAAGUCGGACGGCCAGCACUUACUAAAAGAGAGCCUGGGCUGGAGCUGACCAGCAUUGCACUUCACCAACACGUAUGCUCUUCUGUGACUUUUCAGAAUGGUUCUGCUGAGAACCUGACAAAACCUAACGGUGCUAACAUGACCACUGGGUCACACUCUGAUCUGAAGUCUGCAUUUAAAAGAACUAUGAUGGCAUCAGAGCCUCAAAGGACUAUAAUAGCUGCAAUCCCUAAGGACUGCUCUGAGAACGGACCCAAGACUCCUCCAGGUGACAUGUCAGUUCCACUAAAGAAGAUCAAGCUGAAGGAGCCAUGGGUGUGGAUCACUGAACAGGCCACCACACAGCUGAGUGAUGAAGAUGAGGUCUGCGAAGACCCGCUGUCCACGCUGGCGGCUGUGGUGUGUCUUUCCGUAACAGAGAGGAAGGGAUUGGAGGAGAAACUUUUCUGCUCACGUUCUUCCAUUCUUCGCUCCAUCAAAACAGAGCCACCAGAUUUGCACUUCGUCAAAAAAGAGCCAGAGGACUUAAAGAAUGACUUGUGUCAGAAAAGCACUCCUGUUAGCCUGCAAAGGACUCCCCAGCCUAUUCAAAGUGAACCUCCUCCAGGUAUCUUGCUACCAAGCGUGCAGUCUUUGGCAGAGAGAAGAAAUCUUAGUUUUGAUCAGGCUAUUGCUAUUGAGGCCUUGACUCAGCUGGCAGCUAUACCUGAAAGCACCCCAGGGUCCAUUAAAGCUGAAAGUAAGUGUGAACAUACCGUGUCUACUGCUGCACCAUUUUUAACCUGCAAUACAAAUACAAGCCUGCAAGAAGCCAAACCCACAGCGGCUAUCCACUACAAUAAAGUCUCUGUCAUAAGCUCACCACUACACCCGACAUCGGUCAUACGUCCUCCAGUGGCCAGACAAGGGAAUGUCAUUCAGUGCUCCCGGGGGUCGAACUCUAACACAAAGCUAUCUCUGCAAGAUCUCUUAGAAGCCAGCUCAGAUAGUGAUAAAGUGCCCUGUAGGAGGACAGAACAGGGCUUUGGUUCUCGUGUCAUCAAGUCUGAAUGCAACUAUAAAGAUCCCACUGACAUGAAGUUCAGUAAGGAUCAUGAGCGGUUGUUUGGGGAGGACAGAGACAGGGUUGGUAAAGCAAAGAGAAACAAAGAUGAGGAGGAGGUGGCAGCUCAGCUGGCAGAUCUGGCCUUCAUCAUCCAGUCCCGACACAGCCAGCAGUCAGAGAACAACCCUCCAAAAGGUACACCUGUGUCGGCCAUCAAAUACAACUACAACUCCCAGAUACCCCCCAGUCAGAAAAAGACCCUCAUAAAAAAAACAAAAGCUACACCCUCCAAACUCAGAAAGAAGAAGAUAAAUGAUGGACUACAUGAGGGAAUCGGCCGCAGGACCCCCCUCUCAAAACGCAUGCCAAAUGGAGAGACACCCCAAAGGAGCAGAGGCCAGAAGAUUCUCCCACAGGGGAAAUCAGGCCUACACCACAAGAGGAACCUGUUUCUGCCUCAGGCUCAAAUUGACCUGAAGAGAUAUUUGGCUGAGGCUCAGGAGGAAAGGAGGCAAUUCAUCCAUCACAGUUACACACACAAUGAAGCCCUCGUAGGGCCACAGACUCAGAACUGCAGCACUCUCACAAGGAUCAACCAAACUCGUUGUCAAGAAAACCAGCCAUGGUCCCUUUCAAAUGGUCCACUCCACCAACACAAUCCAUGCAAUGGUCAUGCUGUAGGACCAGAGCAAGAGUGCGAAUUGUUAUCUCAGGUAGCACAGCCCUGUGGUGGGCUGCAGCACGGUGCUGAUCCUAACACCAGCCCAGCCAAUACCACUUUCCUCAGCCACACCACUGGGCACCAUGGUCUGGCUAACGGCUUCUCAGGGGCUCGACAGUCCCCUCCUCCAAGCCAGCAGGGCUACUACAAGCUGGAGAGGUCAGGACCUGUCACUGUCCUGUCCACGGCUACUGAUGGGGAUCUGGGCCACUCUGCAGAGUCAACUCCAUCCAAGAACAGCAUCAACAGCUUUAUGGAGUCUCCAAUGAGUUUUCUGGAUACCUCAACCAAGAACUUGCUUAAUAUACCUUCCAAAAAACUGGCUGAUCUUCCAUCCUGUCAAUGCAUGGACCAAAUCAUUGAAAAGGAGGAAGGCCCAUACUAUACUCACCUUGGGGCAGGACCUAGUGUUACUGCUGUGAGGGAACUGAUGGAGAACAGGUAUGGUGCCAAAGGAAAUGCAGUAAGGGUGGAAGUUGUUGUGUAUACUGGGAAAGAAGGAAAGAGCUCCCAGGGGUGUCCAAUAGCUAAAUGGGUGAUACGGCGUGGCAGUGAAGAGGAGAAGUUGCUGUGUUUGGUCCGCCAGAGGCCAGGGCAUUACUGCGACACCGCCGUGUUGGUGAUCCUCAUCCUGGCUUGGGAGGGAAUCCCUCGGCCAGUGGCGGACCACCUCUACCAAGAACUCACCGAGCAACUUUUUAAAUACGGCUCACCCACCAGCCGUCGCUGCGCCCUCAACGAAGAUCGUACGUGUGCAUGCCAGGGUCUGGACCCAGACACAUGUGGAGCUUCAUUUUCCUUUGGCUGCUCCUGGAGUAUGUACUUCAAUGGCUGUAAGUUUGCCCGCAGCAAAGUGCCCCGCAAGUUUCGCCUGCUUGGAGACUACCGGGAGGAGGAGGAGAAAAUAGAGAACAACCUUCAGAGUCUUGCCACUGACCUUGCACCACUCUACAAAAGGCUGGCUCCUGAGGCCUUUCAAAACCAGGUGGAACAUGAGGAGGCAGGGGGUGGAUGCCGGCUAGGAAAGAUGAAGGGACGUCCGUUUUCUGGGGUCACAGCCUGUGUGGAUUUCUGUGCUCACGCUCACAAGGACACUCACAACAUGAAUAACGGCAGCACUGUGGUUUGCACUUUAACCAAGGAAGAUAACCGUGCAGUGCGUAAUAUACCAGAAGAUGAACAGCUCCAUGUUCUGCCACUUUACAAGAUCUCUGACCGGGAUGAGUUUGGUCAGGUUGAGGGCCAGUGGGCCAAAAUCCAAAGUGGUGCACUGCAAGUUCUGUCUUCCUUUCCCCGAGAGGUGCGUCUAUUGGCUGAGCCAGUGAAAUCAGCUCGUAAGAUAAGGCAAGAAGCUCGUCUGAAGGCUCAAGCAGAGAGACUGGAGAAGAAGCUCGGGCUGACCCCUCUCACUCCUGGGAAACUGAAAAGUGAAACCCCCAACAAAGAGCCACAGGGCUACUACAGCUCAUACAGACUACUACCCAGACCUUCCAGCGUUGGAAGGUAUCUACCGGAGAGGAAUCAACACAGCACUUACAGCCAGAGCACCAGCAGCUACCCCAUUCCAGGUGCAGGAGUCACCCCACAGGGGGAGGUCAUCUCCCCCAACCACCACAGCCUGCCUGGCCUCAUGUUUGGACAGAUUGGCUCAGCUCUCAGUUAUAAGACUAUGAGUGACAGUGUGAAUGGUUAUUCUCCAGCAUCUGGUGAACAGAGUGUUCAGUCAGAACAUAUACCUCCACAUAAUGCCCUUAGUGACUUCCCCUGUACUUUUAAAACUGAGCCCAACGCGAUGCACUGCUCUCCUCUGCGCAGACCCUCCCCCAGUGGGAGUGCUCCUCCUCCCUCCUCCUUCUCCCCCAGACCUACCUCUGAGGGCCUCUUCAGCAGGCUCAAUGGACUCCACAGGGCUGCAGGAGAUGUCGCGGCAGAGGUCAGGGGUCAUGGCCUCCCUCCGCUCUCAUCUCUCCCCCUUCCCCUACAGACUCCUCCACUUGAACCAGAGGAAGUUAAACAGGAAGAGGUGUGGUCAGACAGCGAGCACAAUUUCCUGGACAAUGACAUAGGCGGAGUCGCUGUGGCACCGUCACACGGUUCCAUCCUGAUAGAGUGUGCACGGCGGGAGCUCCACGCCACCACCCCUAUCCUCAGACCAAACCGCAGCCACCCGACCCGCAUCUCCCUGGUCUUCUACCAGCACAAGUCUCUAAAUGAGCCAGGCCACGGGAUGGCUAUGUGGGACGCCAAAAUGGCCAAGAGGGAACGGGACAGGGAGGAGGAGGCUGAGAGAUUAAGGAUGGAGGACAGCCUGAGCAGUGUGGGGAAGAACGGCAAAGGAGCUGGAGGUGUGGAGCUAGAGGAGGAUACAGGGGAGGAGGCAGAGGAGACAAGGAGGAUGAUGAAUGUCCCCACACGCCAAGCGUGGACUCUCCCGAGGGAUGGUGUCAUCACCGUGUCCCCUUAUGCUCUUACCCAAGUGACGGGCCCCUACAAUCGCUGGACUUAGUCAACAUGUUUUACACAGAAACACACACACACACACACACACACACACACACACACAAACACACGUACACACAUACAGAAAACUCCUACACCCUGUGCUUCUGCCUUACCUCAACCACCUUCAAACUGCUACUCUCAUUUUUACGUCGUUUUCAUUGUGCUUUUCUAAUAUCUGUUUGUUCACUUUGUCCUUCUUCGUCUCUGCCUUCAAAGUGAUGAGGAAGACCAAAGUUUGUUGGCUUUUAACUGUGAGUUUCGGUGUUGGUUUUUAUUGUAAAGAGAUGGUGCUUUGAAGCAUUUUAAAGACGUUUUUAAACUGGUUUUAUAUACAUGAUUAAGAACAAAAAGAUGUGAUUAUUUAUUGUGAUCAUAACGAUUUCUAUUUAAUUCCUGGUGUAAGCCUGUUUACUGCAAGAUUUCUAUGAUAACCUGCAUUAUGUGUUGAUGCUCAGAAUUUAUGUUGUACAGUAGGACUUUACUCUUUAUUUCAGCCAAUAGUUCUCUUUUCAUAAGAUGAAUCUUAUUGGCUUUUACAUUGGUGCCAUUGUCACUGUAACCUUUGUUAAGCAAACUCAUUAUAUCACAUAAUGUAGAAAAUAAGUCUAAUGUUGUGCAUAUAUUUACUACAGAUUGUCACAUGUAGCAUCGUGCUUUUCCUUCUGCUGCCUCUGACUUCUGUUGGCAGUUGAUGAAAGAAUUGUAUUUCAUUGGUUUGUUUUUUUGCUUUUCUUCUCUACGUCUGGAUGGUUUGUCUUUUCUUCACAGAUAUGUAUGGCAUAUUAAGAAGCACUUUUUUAUUUUCCUAAACUUAACUUGAAAAAGGUCCCAAUCCAUAGGCCUGAAUAUGUAUGUACAGAUAGAGAUAUAUAUUACAGUUUAGCAUGAACCCUGUUUUAUUUUUACAGUUUUUCUGAAUUUAUUUGAUUUUCAUUUGGUUGAAAAUGACAUACAUAUCUAAGGAAAUUCAAAACUUAGCAUAAUGAUGAAUCAUAAAAUGCUGCAACAGUGAAGUGCUUAUCAUUAUUGGCACUUAACUUGUGUUCACCUUCUGGAAAAGGAAUUCAAAAGUCUUUCAUAGGGCAUGAGUGUGAUUAUAGGAUUUCAAAAACUUACUGUACAUUUUAAUGGUGCUAAUGAGACCUCUUUUUUUUCAGAAAUCACAAAGUGUCAGACAUGUUAACAAAAUAUUACCAGUUUUUUAUAUCCAUACUCUGGAUUUGAUGACAAAACUGUAUUAGCCAAUGCUGAAUAAUUGAACUAUUUCUUUUUUUUUUUUUGCCUCCUCUCUGCUUUUGUUGGAAAACCACUCAAACAUAAGAUCCCACUCAGACAACUGCCUAAGAUCAUUUCGGGUGCUCGACCCUUGUGAAGACUUUGUUUACAGAUAACUUUUUUACAGGGUCUGAAUAAGGGGGUUGGUGUCAACUCCUGGUGAAUCAGGAUUUGUAUUAUUUUUUUAUUUUUUAUUUUUUUACCCAUGAAAGAGAAGCUUUUCAUCGAUGAAUUUUCAGCACAACCGAUAAAGACCUUUCACUGAUAUUCACAUUAACACUGGUGGUAUAACAUUUCCUAUGAGAAACAUUUUGGUCUUUUACACACUUUGAUUUCCUUUUGGUGCUAAUAGGACAAGACGUCAAGGUACAUUCAUCAACUUAACCUGGUUAUAUGCUGAACAGUGAUGGCAUGGUGCUUUUUGAAACUCAGCACACACUGAUCUGACAUAUGAUUCAAUACAAAGGUAAUUUUAUCAUUUCUCUGGAUGUUUACUGGCUGACCACAGACUAAGCGGUAUUGGUAUUACACUUUCAAUCAUGUUUUUCUUUUAUCAGUAAAAAAAAGCAAAUUAUUGUCCAGAUAGAGCUCAAACGUCUUCCACAGAUAAUCCGACUCUCCAGCAAUUCUCAAAAAUCACAACAUACACACAAAAUGAAAUGAAUGUAUUAAGUUUUUAAAAUCAGUUCAUUUAUAGGUAACAUUUUUGAACGUCACAUGAAAAAGUUACAGUUUUAAAUGUUUCUUUUGAUUUACUGUGGGGGACGUUCUUAGUCCACACUGAAAGUCUAUGUAUCAACAAGGAAACUAACAACCAGCACCAGCAUUCAAAAAUCUGAAAAAAAAAAACAAAACAAAACUUUUAUUAGUAAAAAAUGUGUAAAUAUGUAGGUUAACCAUAUUGUUUUUACUGUAUUGUUAAUGGUGUUUAGACAAUGGAUGAUCUUGCUUAUUUUGAAACUGAAUUACUGUACGUUGCUGAAAGUAUAUCCAGUUUAGACUUGAGAAGAGACUAAAUUUAGCAUUCCUUUUAUGGAUGGCUGAUCUCUUUCGGGAUUGUGAAAUAAAGUCAUAUUUAUAUUU